CAAACCAAGUAAACUAGCAAACAUUUACUAAAGACACGCCUGGUCAACUGAGAGAGUCAUGCCUAUUGUAAUGGUCAAAAUCUGUAGGUUGAACACACUGUUUCUUGGCUUGUUAUUCUUUACUCUGGACGUUGUACCCAUCUUUGGGUCCGUUCAGAAUCGACAGCUUACUAAUACACUAAAUGCUGUAAAGAAGGCACUACGUUUUAUAGAAGGAUCCUUGUCACAUCUUAAUCUUGACGGAGUUAUUGGGAUACGUAUGGUGGAUGACCAGCUCCAAGUGUUGCUUGCUCGAAGGCUUAUAAAACCAGACUACAGUAGUAACAUUCGACUAAUUUGGAAUAAACUUAUCAAUCUUCAAAAGAGAGCACAACAUAUAGCUGAUAGUGCCAUAAACUACGUGAGAAUGUCACAGCCAGAAUAUUUUCAAAAGAUAGGAAGGCUACUGAGACGUGGACAGUGGGCUUUAGACUAUCCUACACGGUCCAUCAGACCCAACUUAAAAGAAUCUCCUCUCUCUUCUCUGACUGUUAAACUCACUGAAACCGAAUCUGAUGAGUGUCUACAGGAAAUUUUAGGCUCCAAGGGACCUUACCCAAAACCAUGUGAUAUAUCUCAACGGUGUUGGAAUCUAAUGACGUCACGGGGAUACGACAGCUACGCCCUCACGCAUGAAGUUUUUUAUUUGGAAAUAGGAGAAAUGUGUGGCUGUAAGGAUAAGAUGGCGCUUUUGGCAAGGAGAUUCAGCCAAGGGAAUUUCAGUCAUCUCUUGGACUUCUUCUGUUCCAAUGUACUUCGAGAUGCCGAAAAAAUUGAGGAUAAUGGAUUCCCUUUGAGAUGGAGAGAUUUAUUGAUGGAACAAGUGGCGUUGUGUGGUGUGGCUGGAUUUCGAGACUUCUACAGACCAGAAUGGGUGAACCUGAUACUGAGUUGGCAACAUCCUAAUGGUUGCUAUGGUUACUUACUAAAACAAAAUGAAGUUAACGAUACUGUUGUGGCAUCAGGAAAAACAACAAAACGAGAAGAACAGCACAUGGGAGGAAGCUGCCUGGCUCAUAUGACAUCUGUAGCCCUUGGUGCCUUGGUGGUAAAUGCUAGAUUCCUCUUGGAAGACCUGAUGAUCCUCAACUGAAGUUGUCUCCUGUCAUUUUUAAUGAUUUUCCAUAGCGUAAUCUCUUAAUAUGAAUCUGUAAUAUACAAUACGGCGUUUAUUUCAGUUUGAAUUUUUUCAAUAUUGAUGUGGUUAGAUCAAUGUUGUUAGUCUUCUUACACCAAAGAAAAAUGAAUAAACAAAUUAGUGUUAAACAUCA